AUGGAGAACGCUACCAGUUCACCUGAGUAUCCGCCAGAUGCUGGAACCUGGGAGUUGAGCGCCGUGAUCUACGUGGCCGUGUGUUUGUUCGUGCUCUUCGUGAUCCACGGCUCCAUGGAACGACGCGGGCGAAUGAAAUGGUCAAAGCUUCGCUGGGAGCACGUGGCGGAAAGCUCACGUGGCUGCUCCACCAGCUGUAUGGCCGUUUGGCGGUUCUUCUGCUGCGUGCUGGUGAUCCUCAAUAAUGUGGUCAUGGUCUUUGUCUCGGAUUCAGCCAGCAAACUCGUAGCUGGUGGCUUUAUCGUUUUUGCCACAUUCACUGUAUGGAGCUGGACUUUGAUUGGCGUUUAUAUGGGACUCGCUGGAGCUGUUUCCUUGGCAUCGGCUUGCAAGUCUACACCCCGCCAGGGCUGCGCAAGUGUGUUGCCUUGCCGUAUCAUUUGGCUUCUUUUUGAGGUCAUGUUGCCUGUUUCGUUCUUGAUCUUCUUGCUGGUGUGGUUGGUCUUGCUGCCAGCAGCUUAUCAUACUUCGGGUACUGCGAUGGGCCUCUUCACGCCUCCAGCACUGGCAGCUCACAACCUGAAUUUUGUCUUUAUGUUCAUUGAGGCACUUGUGAACCGACUCUGCAUCACCACAUAUCAUUUGAUAUUUAUCUUCUACUAUGGUGGCUUGUAUGUGAUUUUCUCCUGGAUCUUCUUCGCCUUUCAGCAUUUCUUCUUCUACUUCUUCAUUGAUUGGAGAUAUCCACUUGUCUUGAUCGGUUACUCGGGCCUUCUUUGCAUGCUCACCACCUUCUUCUUCAUUGGCCGAUCCAUCGUGAACUGCGUGAAACCGCCCUUGUACACCUGGGACCUGGAUGAAAGUGAGAGCGAGGAAUCGGAGUUGGAGAGUGCCAGUUGCACCGAGUAA